AUGACGUACGAUCUAUCUCUAGCCAAGUUAGUUGAUCUGGCAAUCGGAACUCCGGAGACCGGAAGCAUCGAUCUCACGGUGUUGCACAGUUUGCUUCACAUAAUUGUUCGAAAGCUGGGAUGCCAGACAUCGCACGUAGAUCUGCUACCCGAACACAGGAAGAACCUUGGCGUGUUCAUUGAAUCUUCGGAGGUCGAUCCUUCUCUGAGCGUUACGGUUGAACAACGUGGCGAAAAUGAGCUGUUUCAUGUGAUACCAUACGAUAAGAAUCUUGAAAAAAAGGACGAAUCAACCGGAGAGUCCAUCAGCGUUGAUGAUUCGCAGGACAUCUCACAAAGGCUUGAGACAUUGGAAAGUAGGGUGUCAAUCUUACCGAGCGACGAAGAACUGAAGCUGUACCAAACCAGUCGGGAAUCGCUGAAACCUAACGAGCCGGUUGAUUUUUUGAAUCUGGCUUCACGUCUCGACAAAAUGGAAAUCAGUUUGGGGAAGCUGACAGCACUGGCCAAUGAUGUGCUGGUGGAGUUUCGCUGCUUGGAGAUUAAGGUUCUUCCUUUCCUGGACAGUGGAGACAUAACCGUGAUGCAAACUCAGAUCCACAACAUGAACCAUCUGUUGGUGGAGCAUUUUCCGGGUUUCUGCUCCCGGCGAUCCUCGACCGAGCCUCAUCGUGGCUCACAACGCUUAUCGAUCGACACCCUGCCGAUGGAUUUCUACACCAAAGGAGUGCCGACCAUAGCCGCGCUUGCUAGACGCCCACCAAGCAAUCAAAGAUUCCCCUCCCAGCUAGAGAAAGAGAUUGCGUGCAUCAAGAGUGUGUUGAAUGAUUUGAUCGAGUUGCUACCCCUGCCGGAUGCUUCGGGAAGUGAAAUGUUAUUAACCCUUUCGGAGCUGUCCUGCGAUGAGUCUCAACCGGCUAUGAAAACGAACUUUCACCAGAAGGCGGCGAGUGCGAUUAUCAAUAUUCGCUCCGUUCAACAGGAGAUCGACGAUUUGUUCAUGGAAAAAGAGGAGCAGCUGAAUGCUUUGGAAGUGUCACAGAAGGUUGUUGUUGAAUCGAACAGAAAGAUGCAGGAAACGGUCGAUUUUAUUAAGGAGCGCUUUGACGACAUAGAGAUCAAGCUGGACCAAAUAAGGGAUAGCUGCGUGAAGAACUUGGACGACUAUCGUAACUCGCUGAAAGGUCCACUGGAGAAGUUGACCGAAGACGUAAAAUACCAAGGAAAUAAUAUAUCGCAGCGGGUUUUUGUACUGGAACGGCAGAUGGAUGACCGUGUGGACUAUGACAUGUUUGAAACCCGUGUUUCGAUUGAAAAAUUCGAGACGGCAGUCGCCACGAUCAACCAAACUCUGCAGGACGACGAUGGCAAGUUAGCAAUUCUCAAAAAUCAACUGAGCUCCUGGAUUGCUCAACUUUGCGAGAAGGUCGAUCGAAAAGAACUGUCCGCCUUGGAGAUCAAGGUCAACAAGAAACUAUCGCUCUUGCAACUUCAUCUGAACCGAUUUCAAAAACUGGACGCGGCGGGUACGAAACUAUCCGGUACCAUCAAGUGCAUCUCCUGCGAUAACGAAGCAACUAUGAAGGCAGAGACCAACGCAGUCGUUCCCAUACCAAAGCUGUUUCGAUCAAAGACAUACUAUCCGAACGAAAUGGACGGGGCCACGGAGGCCCGUAAGAACCGCUAUUGCGGGAGCCAUCUUCUUAAGGUGGGUUCGUUGCGAACAUCCACCAAGACCAACGUGCAGCGAUUAUGUGAAGCUCGGAAGCUGGUGAAUCAUAUCAAGAAACGACCGCUGGAUUUUGGACACAACUAUGAAGCGCUGGAAAAGCCAGUAUACAAAAUUCACAAGUAG